UGGCGCAGGUUUUGCUCCAAAAGCUCGCGCAUAUAGGCUUCCAUUAAAUGCUGAUUAUCUCGAUAACAAGCUCGGGACUCCCAAUUUUUCUUUCCAGAUUUGGAAUCAGCAUUAAAUUUCAAUUCGGAAAGUCGAAGUUUAAAAAAAGUUUAAAUCGUUCUCUAAAAGUAGGCAGUCAACUUUGAAGGGAACUGUUGGCAGCAUUAUGUGGUAAACAGUCAUUCAAGUGACCUCUGACUUGGAGAUAUGCACAGCGGUAGAGGGCCCUGGGGAGGAAGUUAAAAAAGUAUCCUGACCAACGAGAACAGAGCACRUAGUUAGAUUCUAAAAAAAUCAAAUUCUUUGUGUUUCACUACACGACUUUUCCUUUCUCACUUUCAGGGUGUAAAACUGCGAAAAUUGUUCUUUAAUAACUCUUGUUUACAACUCUAAACUACAUCUCUCAAAACCCAAAAAAGUAUUAAAGGCCAAUAACCGCUGACGAAUCUGCAAGGGAAAACAUUACUGAAUCUUGUGUACUUCUCGUCUUGUCUGCACMAUGAAACUAAUCUGCGCUAACCUGCCUAAAACUGGCACCAAAUCCAUCGCUGRUGCSYUGAGGAUUCUUGGUUAUCGGGUUUGGGACUUCGACGAACAGGUGUUGUUUUACAUGGACGAAUGGCUCGAGUUGUUCGAACAUGGCAAGCCACUUGAUUUCUAUUCCAUGUUCAAGGACGUGGACGUUGUCAUUGAUUUUCCCAGUACAUUCUUCUUCGAAGAAAUCAUGGAAGCAUUUCCUGACGCUAAAGUUAUUCUAUCGGAACGAGACGAGGACGCUUGGGCUAGAAGUUAUAAGAACAUGAUUGAAAUCGUGGAAACCUCUUAUCUAUCGAAACUGCGUCUUUUGUUUCCAACUUACAAUAAAUUUUGRCAUAUUAUGCGCAAAGGCCGAAUGGCAUCGCUUGGAGUUACUCAUCCAAGUUCUUCAUAUAUCUAUCGUAAGCGAUAUCGCUGGCACAACGAUCGUGUCAAGUCAGUUGUGCCUAAAGAAAAGCUGCUUGUGUACCGUGUUGAUCAAGGAUGGAAGCCCUUGUGUGAGUUCACGGGAAAGGAGAUUCCAGACCAGCCAUUUCCACAUAUGAAUGUCAAGGGGUCGUAUUUUAAGGAGUUUCAAACCAAAACUGAAUUGGGAAGAAGAAUUGUUGCCGAGGUGAAUCAGGUGGUCAUCUUUUGUKCUGUAGUGGUGGUUGUACUUGCUGGACUGCUCUUGAUGGCUUUUUGUUAACUAUAGAACCUUUCUUUUUUAAAGUGAACCGUUCAACAAUCCUUUCAGUAUUGGUUCUAGAUGAAGCAAAUAGUUGAAUGGUAAAAUAUUUCUAGAUUUAAUUAAUAACGAUAAUGAUAAUAUAAAGUUUUUAACAAACGCAUCAUACGACGUCUCGAUGCUUUUUACAAAAGCACCAGACGAAUAUCAAGUUUGUGGAAAAAAUUGCAAAAAAGAAAAACCAAAAAAAACCCAGUUACUCCUGGUGAACAGGUAGUGUUUUAGUGCAGACUCUGGAACUGAACUUCAGUACUUAAUUGCAUCAGGGAGAUUAUUCCAGAGUGCCGGUACAGCCAAAGCGAAGGUUCUUUUUCCAAACGUUGAUGUCUUGGAGUCAAAAUCAAAAAUUCAAAAAAAAAAAUUAAAUAUACAAAUAGCAUCAUUAGUUUUCUCAUGGCUUACAUGAAAACUAUUUCAAAUUUGUUUUCUCAUAAAGGCCAGGAUUUAGUAGGCUAAUAAUAAAAGCGAUAAACAUUGAUGUAUGUUUAUAAGAUCAAGUGAAGGAAGAAAU